AUGGCACGUACGAAACAAACUGCACGAAAAUCAACCGGUGGAAAAGCUCCACGAAAACAGCUCGCCACAAAGGCAGCUCGUAAGAGCGCUCCUGCCACCGGUGGAGUCAAGAAACCUCAUCGUUACAGACCUGGUACAGUGGCUCUUCGUGAGAUCCGUCGUUACCAGAAAUCCACCGAGCUCUUGAUCCGCAAGUUGCCCUUCCAGCGCCUUGUGCGAGAAAUCGCUCAAGAUUUCAAGACAGAUCUGCGUUUCCAGAGCUCUGCUGUGAUGGCUCUUCAAGAAGCUAGCGAGGCUUACCUUGUUGGUCUGUUUGAAGACACCAACUUGUGCGCCAUCCACGCCAAGCGUGUCACUAUUAUGCCCAAGGACAUUCAGUUGGCCCGCCGAAUCCGCGGAGAGAGAGCAUAAGUGGACUUCACUUCGAAUUACAAACGGCUCCUUUAGGAGCCACCACAUGAAUAAAAGCAAUGACCAAACUAUGAGUCCCUCAACAACCAACUUAACAGCCUUAAGCUGGAAAUAUGAAAUGAGAAAUUAUACCAUCUGAAAUUGUCCUACUCUCUGAGUGGCAAGUCCUAACCGCACAGAAAACAUAGUUGUCCAACCUAAAGCCGUUCAUAGGAAAAUAUUUAAUUUUCAUCUCCAAGAUAAGCUAAACAUUCUAUUUUUUUACCAUUUAUCAUUUACAUGUAUCUAUCUCUGAGACAUGUAAUAUUUUUGGCGCUAAUAUAAUGUAAAUCAUCAGCGCUCCCUGGUAAGUUUCGUAGUCACUCUCAUGGGCUUCUUUAAGUUAAAAACAUGACACAUUUUUCAUGAGUUAUCAAUUCACAAUAAAAGACACUUUUACCUUAUUUACCAAAUUAAGCACACUUCCUAUCGAGGUUGUGCAUUAAGUGGCGAACGUUGUUUCUUCAAUCCUGUUUGUAUCUUAAAACAAGUUUUGGUCGUUGUUGAAAUUUAGAUGCCGGUCUGUCUUUGAAUUUUUACUCAUUUUUUACACAAAGGCUUAACUUAGGACUCCGUCUUUCCGACCGUAACCAUAUGAUGUUUGUAAACUUGAAUUUUCUUUUUUUGGGGUGCUUGGUUUGUCCGCAAGCCCGGAGCUACUACCUCGCCCCACAGAGGAUCGUAAAAGUGACUCUAUAUCGAUCGACAAUGGAGUAUACUAGAUACUCACAAACAGCAUGCUAUUCCGCGAAGUUCUGAACUUCACAGCACAACGUAUAGGAGAUCUGUUGCAGAAUUUAGCAAGCACAUCACAUUGUCAUCUGGUGUGCAAUUUCUGCUUUGUGAAUAAACUUUAUUUCUGAGAAUAAAGCUCUCUAACUCCACUCCACUCGUGGUAUAAAGUCUGCUCGGGAGUUGAGAGCGCGCAACUGAUUCAUGCAUAACUAGCAUGUUAGAAAGCGAGGCAAAUAUGCCACACUAAGCAGAUAACCUUGUUCCAUCACCAUUGAUUUCAAACGAUUGCUAUUUAGCCAUAUUUUCGGGUCAUUUUGCUCAUUCAAGAAAUUUAGCAUACAGGUCACGUAUAAAAUGGCGGAAAUUGUAGUUUUGUUCUUCUUGUUCAAAUUUAAAGUCCGCUCUGCCUUUGAAUAUGCAUCAAAAUGCUCAUUUUUUCAUACACAUGCAAAGUCUAGGGCCUCUUCCUUCCUAAAAUGUCUAAUUAAAUGAUGAAAAGCGACUUAAAGAGAACUUCUUUCGUCAUUUAUCCAAAGUUCUUCUUGGAAUCUCACCGCUUUGUAGACUUUUGACCGUAAAACGUCAUUCUAACUUUGAGUAAAUCAAAGUAUAUUUCACAUAUGAUUGUUGCCAUAUAACGAAGCUUAAAUAUUUUUUAUUAGCGAGGACUUGAAGUUAUUGAAUGAGCUUGUUAUCGAGCAAAAUGUCAAGCAAACUAGCACAGUUUGAACGACGCCAUUUUGUAACAACCCUGUUUCCUCGGCGGUUCGUUUACGACGAAUAACAUCACCUUGCGCGCUCCAUGAAAUCAUUACUAGUCUCUGUUGCGAAGGAUCUACAGCAUACGACAUGUCCGAAGAAAAGUCCCCAGUUAAAAAAAGCCAGCUGCGCCCAAAAAGCCAGCUGAGCAUCCACCUUAUUCUGAAAUGAUCAAAGCUGCUAUCUUAGCGUUGAAAGAGUGA